GCGUCCUUUUAAUUAACAGAGAGAUGUUAAUUAAUUCGACAUUCAAUAUAAAACAAUAAGAAUCUACAUUAGUCUAUUAUAAAAGGGAAGAGAGAUAAAGUUGACGAAGAAUUUUCAGAAGAAAAAAAACAAAAAUGGCAAUUAUUUUCAAAAUUAAAAAUGUAAAUAUUGUUUAUUUUUUGUGCAUAAUUUUACAAAUUGAGAAAAUAAAUGGCAACACAAAUAUGACAUUGGAUACACAAAAUUUAUCAAAUGAUACUCAACAUCUUAUUAAUAAAAAUAUUAUCAAAGGAAUUCAAGAUCCAGAUGUAAAAUCAAUUAUCAAAUCAGCUUUAGGCAAUGAUUCGGCAUCGGAAGUGGUUAUGAAGAAAAAUUUAAUUGUGUUUCCUUUGAAUACGCCAAAUUUAGUAAUAACAAAUAAGCAAGAAGUUCACAAAAUCCCGGAGACAAUAGGAAAAAAUAGCAAAUUGGAUCAUAAUUCGACUUAUAGUGAUAUAAAAGAAGUUAACGAGCUAAGUUUAUCGGAACUGAUUCCCCUCAACGAAACAACAAUUAAAUCAAAUGGAACUGAUAGGCAAAAGCUUUGAUUUCAGAUUCUAUUCCAGUGACAUCAACAUUGAGUUCAGACUUGGACACAGCGAAUGAUAUAGUAUUUAGACCUCUUUUCAGAUAUAGACAAGAAACGAGGUUGAGACCAAAAAAUAUUUACAAUAAAGAACGUAGACGAUUUAAUUAUAAAUGACAUUCUAAAUAUUUAGUAUUU